AUGGGCAAGGCUGCGAGGAUAGCGUGUAUCUUCACGCCCAUGGCGUUGACCAUCGCCUCGUUUGUCUGCCUCAUCUUCGUCGAACUCGGCGGCUCCACCAUCAAGGACAUGCAGGUACGCAUUCCGCUAACUUGGAAGUCUCCACGCAUUCAAUUGGAGUCCACACUGACACCAUGGUGCAAAGUUCUUCUCGGCAAAUACCACGAACCUGACCACCUCGAGCUCCGACAACGCAGUCCUCACCCUCGCCAUCGACUCAGCCAAGAGCAGCAUCGCCAAGAACUACGACGUCUACCUGUGGAAUUACUGCAGCUCCAACAAGACCGACGGAUCCAACAGCAAAUGCUCCAAGCGAGAGUCCGGCUUCGUCUUCGACCCUCUGGAUGUUUGGGGCUUUGAGGUCAGUAACAGUACCGGUGCUACGUCUACCUCUUCCGCCGACAACGCCGUCGAGUCGGCGAUUGCGAGCGUCAAGGGCGAUACGCAGGAGUACGAGGAUAAGAUCCUGGGGAGCAGUGGCAGGAAGGCUUUGGAGGCAUACCGCAAGGUAGCGAAAUGGUACGUGGAAACGUCUGGAGAGGGCCACAUCCUCUUGAAGUAGAGCAAUCCGCACGAAAAAGAGCAGAACUGACAGAUGCAUUGCAGGAUGUUCAUCGCCUACCAAGUCAGCUUCUGGACCACCCUCGCAACCAUCGUCGUCGGCAUCUUCGCCAUUUUCAGCCGCUGGGGUUCCCUCUUGACCUGGAUCCUAGCCUUUGUCUCGUCCUUCUUCACCCUAGCCGCGGUGCUCACCAGCACCAUCCUCUUCCCCGUCCUCGUCAGCGCCCUCAACGAAGCCCUCAAAGACUACGGCAUCAAGCUGGAACUCGGACACCAUGCGCUCGCCGUCACAUGGCUUGGCGUGGCAUUCUCGUGGGCCGCAACGUUCUUCUGGCUCUUCAGCAUCUGCUGUUGCUCUGGACGCAGCAAUCCGCACCACAAGAACAACAAGGGAGGCUUGUGGAAUGCCGAACCCAAGGGCCAGGGAUACGGAGACUACGGUGCACGAGGUCUCAAGGUCGAGAAGACUGGUGGUGCAUACGAGCCGGUACAUCACAUGGGCCACGACAGCGACAAUGUGCCUCUGCAGAAUUACGCCGCCCAACCAGCCGGCUACGGACACGCACCGGCUCAAGCUGGCUUUGAGCCUUACAGACACUCUUAG